AUGCUUCUCUUGGAUUAUCAGAACGUUUUAAUUCAGUCCCUCCUGACGGAGCGGUUUUCUGCUGGAGCACCCCCCGUUUCCAUUGACCAGGUGGUUUCCGACUUCGAUGGUGUGACAUUCCACCUUUCUACCCCCGAGUCCAAGACAAAGAUCCUCAUCUCGAUCAAUGUGAAAUGUUACAAAGAAUUGGUCCAGUACGGAGCUCAGGAGGUGUUGGAGAGAGAAUAUGGUCCUUACAUCGUGUCUCCCGAGGUGGGCUACGAUUUCUCGGUACAGGUCGACCUCGAAAACCUGCCCGCAGACGAGGAGGCCCGGAGUGAUUUGAUUAUGAAGCUUGCACUCCUGAAGCGGAACGCAAUGGCUGCUCCUUUUGAGAGAGCAUUCGACGAAUUUAACAAGCUCGCCGAGGAAGCUUCUCGGUAUACCUCCGAGUCAGCACCACAGGGCAUCAAGGAGGGCGGUGAAGUUAUGGCCAUCCAUUACCGGGAAGAGGAAGCCAUCUACAUCAAGGCCAACUGGGAUCGAGUCACAGUGAUCUUCAGCACCGUUUUCCGUGAGGAGACAGAUCGCAUUUUUGGCAAGGUCUUCCUGCAGGAAUUCGUUGACGCCCGACGACGUGUUUUGACGCUUCAGAAUGCUCCUCAGGUUCUUUUCCGUAACGAUCCUCCCCUUGAGCUGGCCGGUGUGCCUGGUCUGAGUGCCAGCGGCGGCGAAGUCAGCUAUGUCACCUUUGUUCUGUUCCCCCGACACUUGACUCCUCAACGUCGUUAUGAGAACAUCUCCCACAUUCAGACCUUCCGUGAUUACUUCCAUUACCACAUCAAAGCCUCCAAGGCCUACAUUCACACUCGAAUGAGAAAGAGGACAGCCGAUUUCCUUCAAGUACUCAACCGAGCUCGGCCGGAAAAUGAGGAACGUGAGCGCAAGACUGCUAGUGGUCGCACGUUCCGAGUCCAGGGUUAA